UAAAAACCUUUGAGAUUGAGAAAAUGAUGAGUACUACAAGCUCUCUUCUUUUCCUCAUCAUUUUCAUCGUUCAUAAUCUACUUCUAAAACAAUCAUAUGCCCAGAAGAAUAAUACAAUCUCCGCUGUUUUCGUGUUUGGAGACUCAACAGUAGACACAGGAAACAACAACUACAUUCCUACCAUCUCGAGAGGGAACUUCCCUCCUUACGGCAGAGAUUUCCCCAAUCAUGAAGCCACCGGAAGAUUUAGCAAUGGCCGGCUUGUGCCUGAUUUUGUCGCUGAAUUUGUGGGGGUGAAAAAGAAUUUGCCACCUUACUUGGAUCCUAGUUUAACCAUUGAAGACCUCAUGACCGGUGUUAACUUUGCUUCCGCUGGUGCUGGUUUUGAUCCCUUGACCUCCCAACUUGGUAUGGCACUUACCCAAUCACAGCAACUAGACUUGUUCAAAGAAUAUAAAGCAAAAUUAGAGGUGGCAAUAGGUAAGGAAAGAACCGAUGAUUUGGUCAGGAGGGCAGGGUACCUUGUAAGCUCUGGCACCAACGAUUUCACUUUCAACUACAACGGACCUAUACCUACUCGACGCAAAGCUUAUCCUACUAUUUCCGAGUACGAACAAUUUCAGUGGCAGCUCAUUGAACAAUUCUUGCAGGAUUUAAUGGAUGAGGGUGCAAAGAAGAUAGGAGUAGUUGGUUUACCCCCUAUCGGAUGCUUGCCUGCUAUCAUUACUACAAACUCAAAGACACCAAUCUCCAACCGCGAAUGUAUUGCAAGUCUUAAUACUUUAUCAAGAAAUGUCAAUCAAAUGCUUGAAAAUAAUCUCAAAGGCAUCCAAAGGCCCGGCACCAAGCUAGUGUAUGCAGAUAUAUACACCCCUAUCAUUGACAUGGUUGAACAAAAGACUAAAUAUGGUUUUGAAGAAUCUCAUAGGGGUUGUUGUGGAACUGGAUUAAUCGAAGCAGAUUUUGGGUGCAACCCAAAAACUCCGUUAUGUGAUGAUGUCACCAAGUACGUAUUUUGGGAUGGAUUUCAUCCCAGCGAAAAAGGAUACCGCAUUAUCUUCAAUUCCCUCAAAUCUUUGAUUCUAGAGAACUUAGCAUGAGUGUUGCCUUUUGUCAAUGUUGUAACUUUAUCUCUGUUUUAGCUCAUUGGUUGUAUCAUUAUAAAACCUUAUUGUUAAUCAUAUGAAAGAAAAGAAAUACUGUAUUGUUUAAA